AUGCUGGCAGUCGAGUCGUCCUUUCGCGGCCAUGGCAUCGCAACCGCCCUCGUACAACAGGCCAUCGACGCCAUGGCCGAACGCAACGCCGAUGAGAUCGUAUUGGAGACGGAGGAAUCAAACACUCCAGCCAUGAGACUCUACGAGCGGCUCGGGUUCUUGCGGUCCAAAAAGCUGCAUCGUUACUACUUGAAUGGCAAUAGCGCCUAUCGACUCGUUCUGCCGUUAAAAACCAUUGACCUUGACAUCGCCCACGAUUACCUGACCGGAGAAGUGUCUUGA